AUGAGAAGAACGGAGCUCUUUGGAGCAUCAAGCUCCUUGGUCGCAGACGGACGGACAUAUAACCCCGGUGUAUUGGUGCCUCUGUUUGGUGGUUUGACUCUCCUCUACCUUAUUUCUUUGUGGUUGCAAUCCCGGAGGUCAAAGCUUCAGCACUACCCGCCCGGUCCAACGCCGAAGAACUGGAUUGCAGGGAACUCUCCCGAUAUUCCGUCCUAUAAACCUUGGCUGAAGUAUACCGAAUGGUCCAAGAAAUAUGGCGAUAUCAUGCAUAUUCGUGUUUACAAUCAACACCUCAUCAUUUUGAAUUCAGUUGCUGUCGCUACAGAUCUCUUAGACAAGCGAGCAAGGAUAUAUUCAGACCGUCCCCGUUCUAUCAUGCUUGACCUAAUGGGGUGGAAUUUUGCCACUGGUUUCAAACCUUACGGUGACUCGUGGCGACGCCAUCGCCGCCUUCAUCAGCAAGCGUUCAAAGCCGAUUCGAUCGCUGUCUAUCAUCCGAUUCAAAUGCGCAAGGUCAAUGAAAUGCUCUAUGGCCUGCUCACCGCACCUGAGGAUUUUUCUGGCUUAUACAAAAGCGUUUCGGCCGCGAUUGUCAUGUCGAUCAUGUACAACUACGAUAUCAAACCUCAGCACGACCCAUAUGUCCAAGUCGCCGAGAAGGCAAUGCAGUCGUUGUCGGACCCUGCAUUUGUGUCUUUGGUUGAAGCAAUCCCUCCUCUACGGUAUCUCCCAGCAUGGUUUCCAUGGGCCGGUUUCCAGAAAUUAGCACAAGAAACCAAAGAAGCCACUGACACGAUGCUCGAGAUACCCACUGAGUUUGUGAGAAGGAGGGUGGAAGAGGGAUAUGAUAACUCUUGCUUGAUGACAGAUCUUCUGAGGUAUUGCAAGACCACGGAGGAUGACAUAGCAUUGAAGGAAACUGCUGCAACUGGAUAUCUGGCGGGUGCCGAUACGACAUCCUCCGCACUUGGCACAUUUUUCUACGCCAUGGCUCUUCACCCUCGCUUCCAGAAGAAAGCACAAGAAGAAAUCGACAUGAUUACCGGCGGCGACCGUCUACCAAUCUGGGAGGAUCGCCCGUCCAUGCCUUACCUUGAGGCAAUUUUCAGAGAAGUCAUGAGAUGGAAGGCAAUCACGCCUCUUGGUCUUUCUCACAGCACCACUGAGGACGACGUGUAUCAAGGUUAUUACAUACCAAAAGGGGCAACGGUAGUCCCCAACAUAUGGGCCAUGACACACAACGAACAGAUAUAUCAGAACCCAGAAGAGUUUGACCCAGGUCGAUUCUUGACCUCAUACGGGCAUUUGACCUCAGACGACGUAGGAUACACCUUCGGAUUUGGGAGAAGAAUCUGCGUUGGUCGCCAUCUGGCAUCAUCGACGUUCUGGUAUGCAAUCGCCAACAUUCUGGCUGUGUUUGAGAUCGACAGGAAGAAAGAUGCGAACGGGAACUACCUUCCGCUUGAGGUCGACUAUUCUAACACGCUGGUCAGCCAUGCCCAGCCCUUCAAAUGCUCUAUCACGCCGAGAUCCCAGAGUAUCAGUCAAAUCAUAUUGCAGGAGCAUGCCGCUGCGGCCAAACGUUGA